GCACUGUUCUAGGCACUGACAUUCAGUCUCAUUCAGUCCUCACAAAUAUGCUGUAAGGCAGGUGUGAUAGGCUGGUGGACAUGCACGAUUGGAACAAGGCUCCCUGACAUCACAUUCCUCGGAGUCUAGCUGUACAACCUUAGCUAAGUCACCUUAUCUCUUGGUACCUCAGUUUCCUCAACUGGGAAACAGGGAGGUGAUAGUGGCUUGCUUGAAGGGUUGUUAUCAAGGCUGCAUGUCAUAAGCACUGUAUAUAUUGACAUCAUCUUUGUCUUUGCAGAUAAAGUAAAGCACAGAGAGAUCAGAAUAACUUUGGCUCAAGGUUUCCCAGACAGUAAAUGGUGGUCCUUUGAUCUGACCCCAGGCAGCUUAAUUGGAGAGGCUGAGUUAGGGAGCAUACCUGUAUAUUUCAGUGAGGCCUUAUGCUGCAUACUUUGACCCAUGAGUGCUUGUAAAUUACUUCCGGUACUGCAGGAAAUCUGGUUUGCACACAAAAAAAGCCCUGUCGAAUAUUGAAAAGCAGUUUGGCUGGGCAGUAGGAGGCCUGGGUUCUAUUUCUGUCCUGCAUCAAGGGUGGGUUACCCAGCCUCUGGGGCUGGGAUUGUUUCAUUUGUCAACAAGGGGGCUGGAGUAGAUAAGCUGCUCUCUGGCUCAGAGGCCCUAAGAUACAAAGUUCCUUGAACUUGAGUGAACAAAAACAGAUACGGGAUACUUCCUGUGUAGUUUUAUUAUGAGAAUUUUAUCAAAGCCCAUUUAUCAUGUGGGAUUAUACCGAGAGCCCACUGCCUGAAGAUGACCACCUUGACACAAAAUUUUCCGGGCUCUUCUCUAGUGACCGAGAGCCUGGUCUUCCAGGAGAUCAAGCUGGCACUGUGACUUUGGGGCAGGUUACCAGGCACCUCUGUUAUCCUGAAUUGUGGAUUUCAACUUUGGCCCCUGUGAUGGUUAAUUUUAUGUCAACUUGACUGGGCCGGCCACAGGAUGUCCAGACAAGUGUUCAGACACUUCCUGGGUGUAUCUGUGAGGGUGUUUCUGGAUGAGAUUCACGUUGGAGUCUGUAGACUGAGUGAAGCUGAUUGCCCCUCCCAAUAUGGGUGGGCCUCGUCCAAUCAGUUGAAGACCUGACCAUGAAGGUUGAGCAAGUGGGAAUUCCUCUUGCCUGACUGUUGGACUGGGAUAUCAAUCUUUUACAGCCUUCAGACUCAGACUGAAAAGGAGACUACCUAAGAGGGCACUUUCCCUGCCUGACUGCAGACCUGGGAUAUUGGUCCUUUCCAGCCUUUGGGCUUGAACUGAAACUCAACUCUUCCUGGGUCUUGGGCCUGCUGACUUUUGAAUUGUAACUGACAUCAUUGGCCCUUCUGGCUCUCCGGCCUUCCACAGAUCUUGGGACUUCCAUAAUAGUGUCGUUGAAAAGCCGGGCGUCAUGAUGACAGAGCGCUUCGACUGCCACCACUGUGAAGAAUCUCUCUUUGGCAAGAAGUACAUCCUGAGGGAGGAGAGCCCCUACUGCAUUGGGUGCUUUGAGGCUCUCUAUGCCAGCACUUGCGAGGAGUGUGGGAAGCCCAUCGGCUGUGACUGCAAGGACUUGUCCUACAAGGACCGACACUGGCACGAGGCCUGUUUCCACUGCUCGCGGUGCAAGAGCUCGCUGGUGGACAAGCCCUUCGCUGCCAAGGAGGACCAGCUGCUCUGCAUGGACUGCUACUCCCACCAGUACUCGUCCAAGUGCCAGGAAUGCAAGGAGACCAUCAUGCCAGGUACCCGCAAGAUGGAGUACAAGGACAGCAGCUGGCACGAGACCUGCUUCAUCUGCCAUCGCUGCCAGCAGCCAAUUGGCACCAAGAGCUUCAUCCCUAAGGACAACCAGAACUUCUGUGUGCCCUGCUACGAGAAACAGUAUGCCUUGCAGUGUGUUCAGUGUAAAAAGCCUAUCACCACGGGAGGCGUCACGUACCGGGAGCAGCCCUGGCACCGGGAAUGCUUUGUGUGCACGGCCUGCAAGAAGCCACUGUCGGGGCAGCGCUUCACGUCCCGGGACGAGUUCGCCUACUGCCUGAGCUGCUUCUGUGACUUGUACGCCAAGAAGUGCGCUGGCUGCACCAACCCCAUCAGCGGACUGGGUGGCACAAAGUACAUCUCCUUUGAGGAGCGACAGUGGCACAACGACUGUUUUAACUGCAAGAAGUGCUCCCUCUCCCUGGUGGGGCGAGGCUUCCUCACAGAAAGAGACGACAUCCUGUGCCCGGACUGUGGGAAAGACAUCUGAAGUCCACACCGCUGACUGCUGGCGACACUCACGGAGUUAUGUACGCUCUCCUUCUCAGCCAGGCAGUAUUGUGUCUGGUCUCCACCGGCCGCGUUGAGACUCUCCUCUUGUGCUUUUCUCAGUGAUAUCCACGUUUGUUUAAACCCUUUAAUCCUUUGUACUAGUUCAGUCCCAGGGAAGGAGGAAACCCCUGUGUAAACCCUCGGUGGGAAGCUGGUUUUGGAGUUUUGUAAUCAAGCAAGGCAAAUCCAAGUGCAAAAAUCCUUUCGAAUGACAGCUUUGUAAAUGUAUCUUUCUUUCACUGCGUAUUUAAUUUUUAAGUGCAAUUAACAUGUCACGAACUCGAGUUUCCCAAACCACACGAGAUAACGCAGAGUAGGUAUUUACAAGUAUGUAACUUCCUGUCGUGUAAGCCCUAAAGCAAGAUUAUACAGCUUACAAUAAAGUUAUCCAGAACAAAA